UCCUACUUGUGGGAAUCAUAGGCAUGGCAGUCUACAAUUUCGACAAAAUGGGAAACCAACAAAUCAUGUACAGUGCUAUAAGUCAAGGGGAAAAGAUGAAUCAACGUAAUCUCACCGGAGAAACAGUCAAGUUAAAGAGCAGCUAUGACAACUUGUCUACAGAGAGAGACCGGUUACAGAGCAGAUUCAAUUCCUUGACUGAAGAGAGAGACCAGAUGAAGACCAGCUAUGACAACCUGUCCACACAGAGAGACCAGUUACAGAACAGAUUCAAUGCCUUGACUGGAGAGAGAGACCAGAUGAAGACCAGCUAUGACAACCUGUCCACAGAGAGAGACCAGUUACAGAACAGAUUCAAUGCCUUGACUGGAGAAAGAGAUCAGAUGAAGACCAGCUAUGACAACCUGUCCACAGAGAGAGACCAGUUACAGAGCAGAUUCAAUACCUUGACUGGAGAAAGAGACCAGAUGAAGAUCAGCUAUGACAACCUGUCCACAGAGAGAGACCAGUUACAGAGCAGAUUCAAUGCCUUGACUGCAGAGAGAGACCAGAUGAAGACCAACUAUGAAAACCUGUCCACAGAGAGAGACCAGUUACAGAGCAGAUUCAAUGCCUUGACUGAAGAGAGAGACCAGAUGAAGACCAACUAUGACAACCUGUCCACAGAGAGAGACCAGUUACAGAGCAGAUUCAAUGCGUUGACUGGAGAGAGAGACCAGAUGAAGAUCAGCUAUGACAACCUGUCCACAGAGAGAGACCAGUUACAGAGCAGAUUCAAUGCGUUGACUGCAGAGAGAGACCAGAUGAAGACCAACUAUGACAACCUGUCCACAGAGAGAGACCAGUUACAGAGCAGAUUCAAUGCCUUGACUGAAGAGAGAGACCAGGUGAAGACCAACUAUGACAACCUGUCCACAGACAGAGACCAGUUACAGAGCAGAUUCAAUACCUUGACUGGAGAGAGAGACCAGAUGAAGAUCAGCUAUGACAACUUGUCCACAGAGAGAGACCAGUUACAGAGCAGGUACAACAUGCUUGACCGUAAAACAUGUCCAACGGGGUGGAUGCUGUUUGAAACCCACUGCUACUAUGUCACGCCACGUGCUAAGACCUGGAAGGACAGCAGACAGGAUUGUCUGAAUAGAGGGUCUGACUUGGUGAUAAUCAACAGCAGAAAUGAGCAGUCAUUUGUUUUCACGAUGAUCGACAGACCCUGGCUGGGACUGUCUGACCUGGCUACAGAGGGACACUGGCAGUGGGUCGAUGGAUCACAUCUAAGGAAUGGGAUGUGGUCACAGGGGGAGCCGAAUGAAGCAGGAGGGGAAGACUGUGCAGAAGCCUUAAGAACACUGGCAGCAUGGAACGAUGUCUCCUGUUCUGCGGCCCGGCAUGCGGUUUGUGAGAUGUAGGGUCCAGUUUACCCGGUUCUGAUCUGAAAUCAAGACCUCUUCACUCUGCACUGAAGGGAGCAUGCCAAAGCAACAAGAAGCAUUUUCCGGAAACACACUGGGUUGUCUUUGUUCUGAAGCUCAUGGGAGUUUUGAAUAGAAUCGUGUUUGAAAUUAAAUGAAGCCCAAACUCUUAUUUGACAUUUGUCACAAGCUUACAAACAGGAAGGCUCAGUUUGUAAUCACAAUAGUUUUGAAACAUUGUAACGAGCCGCAUUUAUAGUUUACAAAUCUUUAUUGUGUGAACAACAAAGACACCAAGCAGAACAGAUCAGGCGUUUUGGCCACUCUGGUCUUACAAGAUCGAGCAAGUUAAAUGGGGAAUCACGCUGAACCUUGGGGGACAAAGUGGAAAUCUGUAAUAAAAAUGUUGUGUUGUUGUUAUUUUAAAUCACACUAUAGAUGUUCCACUAUGAAA